AUGAGCUCUUCGACGGAUUACAAGACGGACCCCAAUUGCAUCUUUUGCAAGAUCGUCAAAGGUGCGCGCUCGCCCUGACCCUCGCGAGGCCGGAGAAGGGUUCGGAGUAUCGGACACUGAGCUGACGACGAGUGGGUAUGCUGGGUUAGGUAAAAUCCCUUCGUUCAAAUUGAUCGAUACCGAUCGAGCGUGAGUGAAUCGAUACCGAUCGAGCGUGAGUGAUACCCAGCAAGGAGGAAGGAGAGGUACGAGGGAGUCUAGGCGGUGAGGCUCGUGGUGAGGUGGGCCCGAUCGGGGUCGUCGGGAUGGAUGUGCCGCCCCACACACUCUGAACGAACAAGGCUCACGCACCUCGAGUUGUACCCGCGUGUUGCCUCUAGGUAUGCGUUCUUCGAUAUCGGUCCGCUGGCAAAGGGUCAUGCGCUUGUGAUUCCUAAAUGUAGGUACUCCACUUACGAUGGCUCGAUGGCUCGCCUGCUUCCCGUUUUCGGAGUCAUCGGGGGCUUCGGGAUCCACGUACCGAAUUCCGGAACGAGAGGGACCCACGACAUGAACUAAUGCUUCGGAAUGUUCUAUAGACCACGGCGCCAAGUUGCACGACAUCCCCGACGAGGAUCUGACGACCUUGCUGCCGCUCGUCAAGAAGAUCGCCAUCGCCGUCGGCUCGGAGGAUUAUAAUGUCCUUCAGGUGCGUGUGUUGUGUUCGGGAGAAUGACUAUCUAGUGUCGAUUGCAUCAAACUGAUGGCUUUGUUGGACGAUUUCGGGUUCAAUAGAACAACGGGAGGAACGCACACCAACAAGUCGAUGUAGGUUGAUGGAGGCGCCGGGAUUCUUCGUUAGAGAAAGCAAGGCACUGAACUAUCUCUUCUUCUCUAUUCUCACGUUUCAACUCAUUACAGCAUGUCCAUUUCCACAGUCAGUACUAACAUCCUGCCAAGCCCCACACGUGAAUGAACGAUGGUUCUAAUGCGAAUCUUCGUCCGGAUUCUGCAGUGAUCCCCAAGCCGUCGGCUUCGGACGAACAAGGUCUUGUCGUCGGUUGGCCGACCAAACCGGCCGACAUGGCCGAACUGAAAGCUUACUGCGAGGAGAUCAAGAACAAGCUCUGA